AGUGUCGUUAAGUGAAACUCUCCUUAUCUCUUCCUUAUCACGUCUUUCCUUCUCGAAUGCUGUUCCUUGGCUCUGGAAACAGCAGUGAUCUGUGCGUUUUGUGUGCUUCAACUUGUUGAAUAGCAACACCCUGCCCUCUGCGGGGAGUGUUCAGUGUUCAAGGUUCAGGAAGAUAACGAGGGGUGAGUGCCUGCUAGUGUUAUGUUACCAAAGGCUCGUGUCAUAUUACCGAAGACCAGGUGAAACUGUAGCUGGAUUGAGACGGCUGUGGCUCAAGCAAACUAGGAACUGGGACUGAAAAAAGAAAAAAAAAAGGAGUUUUUAGAGAGGCUCAAUCUUCCAAGCAGAGGACUUCCUCUUGUUUAGAGCGGCGUUACCAUGGGUAAGAAGACUCAACACCGUCUGCUGCUUUUGCUGUGUUUGUCAGGGCUUGUUCACCGUUCAGCUGCCUUUGUGUUUUGGACCGCCAUUGUGGAAAUAAGCUAUAGUAACAGCAACAAUGAGACUGUGGGGCAAUUUUGUGAGUGUGGGGUGUUUGGCCGUAACUCUCCUGUGAAAAUGGCUUCGGGCAUCAUUACACUUCCCAAGGGGGACCCCAAAGGCUGUGGCCCAGGUCCUGUUUAUGGCCGCAACUCCAGCUCACCAUCAUGGAUAGCCCUGGUUAAAAGGGGCAACUGCACCUUCAGUGAGAAGAUCAAUGCUGCCAAACGUCAGGGAGCAGCUGGUGUGGUGGUGUAUAAUGUGGACGGCAGUGGAAACAGCACUACAUACAUGACACACCCAGAAGCAGAGGGCAUUGUGACUAUCAUGAUUGGCAAUUUUCAGGGCAGGGAGAUUGUCAGGUUAAUUAACAAUGGGACUGAAGUUUAUAUGGUGAUUACUGAAGGCGCUGCUCACGGACCCUGGAUGGACACCUACUGGCUUUACUUUCUGUCCAUCGCCUUUUUCAUUGUGACCGCAGCCUCAGUCGCCUACUUUGUGUUCGUCUCCGCAAACCGUCUCUACAAUCUGAGCUUGUCUAAGCGCAAGGAGAAGCGGCUGAAGUCUGAGGCUAAGAAGGCAAUUAAGCGUCUGCAAGUACGCACGCUCAAAAGAGGGGACGAGGAAACCCAUUCUGACUCCCUGAUGUGCGCCGUGUGUAUUGAAUCCUACAAAGCAGGGGAUGUGGUGACUGUGCUGACAUGUGAACACAUCUUCCACAAAACCUGCAUCGAACCCUGGCUGCUGGACAGGCGCACCUGCCCUAUGUGCAAGUGUGACAUCUUGAAGGCCCUGGGGGUCGAGGACAACAGAAAAGAGAGCAUCUCCGCUGAAUCACCACCAGAUGUCACUGUGAUCACAGUGACAGGAGGAGACACCAUGUAUGAAGUCCCGCUGACUGACCCAGGGAGCACCGACCCAGAGAGACAUCAGCAUCGCUAUGACAACAGGGCCUUCGAGGGAGAAUCAGAGCCUGCGAGGGGAUGAGCAGCAGCAGUGGAAACAAAACAAAGCACAAAUCAGGACACAGUCAAAUUCCCUGUUUGAAACAGAUAUUUUUCUGGCUUACACUGAUCCAGUGGAAUCAAACUUUAAUCUAACGACAGAGGAAACAAUGUUCAUCUUGAAAUGCAGACAUGUUAAACUGAUUUUAAAAGAAUCCAAGGAUUUAAAAUGUUAAUGGGCACGUGUAAUUAGGUUGAAUGUCAGUGCAUUUUCUUUAUUUCUGUUUUGGUGUGAGUCUGUAAACAAUGGGUGUGUUCAUAAAUCUGUAUCUCGUUAGAACAGUAAUGGAGUAGUCAUGGCGUGACUCCACUGUCAGGUAUCUGUUUUGCAUAGACAACGAAACAGGUCAGGAAGAAAGUGCAGGAGAGCAUUUAAAUAUCAGAAACCAGGGCCAAAUUUCUUCCAACAAAAGGUUUAAUAUAGCACUGCUCACAGUAAUAGUACAAGUGAAGCUUUUUCCCUUUUAACUGAAACAAAUGUGUUUUCCUUAAUCUGCUUAGUUCUAAUAACUUUCUUUCUGUGAGUGUGUUUUUCCAUUUGCAUCAGGUGAUGCCAGGUCGUCAUUCUGGAUUUGCAAACACACCCAUAUGAACACACCUUUGACUGGAAAUGCUGCAGGGUUUGCAUUUCUCUGGCAUGAGCAAAUAAAACACCUGAGGCUCAGAGGUUCUUUAGAAAUAUGCUGAAAUAUGAAGUUUCAUGUUCAGUCAGAUCACAACUAGAAGGGAAAUGUAACACAGAAAAACUGCCAUAGGAACUGUAGAUAUUAAUGUUUUCUUCACUGUUGAAUGGGAGGGGUACCUUUGUGUGUACUGGAGUUUGAGGUAAUACACUGAGAUUGGUUUAUCAAUCAACUUUAUCUGUUAAUAUAACAGUAAUAGUUCAUGUAAGUACAGGUGAUAUUCAUUUAUAGAUGCAAACUGUUAUUGGUAACCAUGUCUUCCAGGUUUUUGGAAUAUCUGGAGUUUCUUCAGUGCCCGUGGUCUACCUCUGAUCUAUCACACAGUUAAAUUUAGGAAUGUGUUUAAGACUCUUCCAAGAUCCGAAGUGUGUCCCUCGAUAAAGGAUAAAGCUAAAGAACUGUUUAAAUUUAUGUCUUUUCUGGUGGGAUAUGCUGAUUAUGGUACUAAAACUAUUUUUGCUAGAUUGAAUCAUUUUCACCGCUGUUUUACAGAUUCCACGAGUCUUAAAUUGUACCCUAAAAAUGGAUAAUACUCUCUGCAUUAAAUCACAUUGAUGCUUUUUAGAAUGAAAUAAAUUCCCUCAAAAUGAGGCCAACUUAACGAGGGUAUAUGCUUGUGAAAUGG